AUGGCUGAAUUUGUGGAUGAAGAGCGAUUAAUUGAAUUGAUUCGAGCAAAUCCAGUGAUCUAUACAGUGUCAAAGAAAUCCUUCAAGGAUGUCCAACUUAAAGAAAACUGUUGGAAUGAGAUUAGUGCCACCUUAAGUGUUCCAACGGAAGCUUGCAAGCAGAAGUGGCGAUAUUUGAGGGACUAUUAUACUAGAAGGAGAAAAAAACCAACUGGUACUGCCGCUACAUAUAAAACUCUCAAGGAAAUCCAAAGGAUGGAAGCACUUUCCUUUCUGGGGAACACAUUGUGCAUAGAGAGACCGACACUAACAAAUGUCAAGUUGCUGAAGCCGGAUUUGGAUGAAAGUCCUAGCUUUGACAAUACGGAAUCAUCGCAAGAUGAAAUUGAAAUAUGCAUUCCGACCGAAGACAUUUUGGUUAUAGAGCAGGAGGAGAGUGACGAAGGUGAUACUCCCUGCAAAAAAAGGAAGACGGUUGAAAGUCCGGCUCCUAGCUGCAGCAAAAAAUUAACUGCACGGGAAAGAGUUUUAAAGGAACUCAAAGAAAAUAGCCAGGAGAGAACAAAAUGUAUUAAAUCUCUCUUGACUGAACAAAAUGAAAAAAAUCCAAUUGACGAUUUUUGUAGAUCUGCGGCGUCAAGCCUCAAAACUUUGCCCCACCAUCUGAUGCUUGCAGCAAAGCAUGAAAUUUUUUCUGUGAUUGCCAAGUAUGAGAUACAGGCCUUGAAUGAUAAUAAAUAA